CACAAUAUCAAGCUCAAUCAAGCUCAACUUGCGUCCAGUUCUUUCUUUAUUUUGCGUCGUAUUUUAGUUUUGCAUUUUUCUAAGUUUGAAUAGUUUAAGGUAUUGAAUAAUCUUAUUACUAAAUUAAAAUGGCAUCGAAUGGCAGCGAAUUUGAAUCGCUAGAUGAGGAAAUAAGAGAACUUUUACAAAAUUAUAAAUUUAAAAAAGCGACCGUUUACGAGCCAUGUACGAACACAAACAUCAAGGAAUGCUUAAUUGGCCUAACUGAGGAGUUAGAACUCUUAAAUAUUCAUUAUGUAUUUAACCCAUACUUCGACUUCACUGCGACACUGCAUCCAGAGGCGCUUGUGAAACUUGUUAAUGUUGUUUGGACACUAUUGCAUUACCAUAAAACUACCGCGGAGAAGGCUGACAGAUUAGUGGAAGAAAACCAUGUACUUGAACACCUCAAUAAGCAGUUGAAUAGCACCAUCGACAAACUAAAACAAAGAGUAAACACUGAAAAACAUGAGGCCAAAACAUGUACAGCAGCUGCUCGCAGGAUCUCCGAUCAUUCAGAUGAAAUAAUUCACAGUUUGGCUGAAACAAAAGUAAAAUUGGCACAAGUGAAUAAGCAAAAGGAUACUAUGGAGAAAAGUUUGCGACAUGAAAUCACCAGACUUAAAAUUGAAAACGAAAAGUUAUUAGACAGGCUGAGAAAUAAAAGUGGCUUCACACCUUGCAGUGACGUGUGUGAUUCUACAGUAAUGCAGUUGAAAGAACGAGACAGGAGACAGCAAGCAUUGAUUAGCAAACUGCAGAGCAACAUUCAGGAGCUCAUCAAAGAGGUUGUGGCAAUGAAGGAGAAAAUUAUUAUUCAUGGAAUUGAAUAAUAUUGUUAAAUACUACAUAAUCAAGUUUCAUACUAAUCAUUCAAUCUUACCUGUGGUCAGUAUUUUAGUUAUAAGGUUUUAAUUUAUAGGUAUUUAAAGUGAUUUAAGUUGUUAUACCGCUAACCCCGUGUUAGUGACUGGAGCGAGUGGCCCUAAUAAUUUCUUACUAUAAACGAUUGCUGAGUUAAUAUCACAAUAUCACUAUAAGAAACAAAAGUAUUAAAUAAAGUAGAGUACCUAUUAUAAUCGUGAUCCUACAUCUGGUAAGUACUUAAACGUAAUUGUUUAGUAAAGUAUUUGUUAAGCUUAAACUGUAGGUAAGUGUAAUCCUUUUUUUUAUUAAUGGUUGCAUGAAAAUUGUUAUUUGUUGUAGCUUUAUAUCUUGAUCAUAAUUAAUAAAAAUAAAACUUAUAAA